AUAUUCAGAAUUUGAGGAAACUAGGAAAAGCAGCAAACCAGAUGGAGAAGGAAGGCCAAAAAGAUAAGUAGAAAUCUGGCAGACCAUGAGCUCCUUGAGGGCAGGGACUGAAUGGUUACUAUGUCCCCAGGGCCCAGCAUGACCUUCUCCUGGAUUCCUCAUCUUCCUCCUGUGACCUGUGUCUCCAUCAGUUUCUCCUCUGGCAUCUUUUUCUUACAGGAUUCUUACCUCAGUCUCCCUCUGUUCCCGAAGCUGGACUGUACUGCCGUGAUCUCGGCUCGCUGCAACCUCCCUGCCUCGGGCUCCUGUGACUCUCCUGCCUCGGCCUGCCGAGUGCCUGGGAUUGCAGGCGCGCGCCGCCACACCUGAAUGGUUUUUGUGGUUUUGGUGGAGACGGGGUUUCGCCCUGUUGACCGGGCUGGUCUCCAGCUCCUGGCCUCGAGUGAUCUGCCUGCCUCGGCCUCCCGAGGUGCUGGGAUUGCAGACGGAGUCUCGCUCACUCAAUGCUCAGUGGUGCUCAGGCUGGAGUGCAGUGGCCUGAUCUCAGCUCGCUACAACCUCCACCUACCAGCCUCCUGCCUUGGCCUCUUAAAGUGCUAAGAUUACAGCCUCUGCCCCGCCGCCACCCCAUCUAGGAAGUGAGGAGCGUCUCUGCCUGGCCGCCCAUCGUCUGGGAUGUGAGGAGCCCCUCUGCCCGGCCGCCCCAUCUGGGAAGUGAGGAGCGCCUCUGCCCGGCCGCCAUCCCGUAUAGGAAGUGAGGAACGUCUCUGCCCGGCCGCCCAUCAUCUGGGAUGUGAGGAGCGCCUCUGCCCGGCUGCCCCGUCUGGGAAGUGAGGAGCGCCUCUGUCCAGUCGCCCAACGUCUGGGAGGUGAGGAGCGCCUCUGCCUGGCCGCCACCCCUUCUGGGAGGAAGUGAGGAGCGCCUCUGCCCGGCCGCCACCCCGUAUGGGAAGUGAGGAGCGCCUCUGCCCGGCUGCCCCGUCUGGGAGGUGAGGAGUGCCUCUGCCCGGCUGCCACCCCGUCUGGGAGGAAGUGAGGAGCACCUCUGCCCGGCCGCCCUGUCUGGGAGGUGAGGAGCGCCUCUGCCCGGCCGCCACCCCAUCUGGGAGGAAGUGUGGAGCACCUCUGCCCGGCUGCCCCGUCUGGGAGAUGAGGAGCACCUCUGCCCGGCCACCCCGUAUGGGAAGUGAGGAGCGCCUCUGCCCGGCCGCCCCAUCUGGGAAGUGAGGAGAGCCUCUGCCCGGCCGCCCCAUCUGGGAAGUGAGGAGUGCCUCUGCCCGGCCGCCCCGUCUGGGAGGAAGUGAGGAGCGCCUCUGCCUGGCUGCCCCGUCUGGGAGAUGAGGAGCGCCUCUGCCCGGCCGCCCCGUCUGGGAGGUGACGAGCGCCUCUGCCUGGCCGCCACCCCGUCUGGGAGGAAGUGAGGAGCGCCUCUGCCCGGCUGCCUCAUCUGGGAAGUGAGGAGCGCCUCUGCCUGGCCGCCACCCCGUCUGGGAGGAAGUGAGGAGCACCUCUGCCCGGCCGCCACCCCGUAUGGGAAAUGAGGAGCGCCUCUGCCCAGCCGCCCCGUAUGGGAAGUGAGGAGCGCCUCUGCCCGGCCACCCCGUCUGGGAGGUGAGGAGUGCCUCUGCCCGGCUGCCACCCCGUCUGGGAGGAAGUGAGGAGCACCUCUGCCCAGCUGCCCCGUCUGGGAGAUGAGGAGCACCUCUGCCCGGCCGCCCCGUCUGGGAGGUGAGGAGCGCCUCUGCCUGGCCGUCACCCCGUCUGGGAGGAAGUGAGGAGCGCCUCUGCCCGGCCGCCACCCCAUAUGGGAAGUGAGGAGCGCCUCUGCCUGGCCACCCCGUCUGGGAGGUGAGGAGCGCCUCUGCCCGGCUGCCCUGUCUGGGAGGUGAGGAGUGCCUCUGCCCCGCCGCCACCCCGUCUGGGAGGAAGUGAGGAGCACCUCUGCCCAGCUGCCCCGUCGGGGAGAUGAGGAGCACUCUGCCCGGCCGCCCCGUCUGGGAGGUGAGGAGCGCCUCUGCCCGGCCACCCCGUAUGGGAAGUGAGGAGCGCCUCUACCCGGCCGCCCCAUCUGGGAAGUGAGGAGAGCCUCUGCCCGGCCGCCCCAUCUGGGAAGUGAUGAGUGCCUCUGCCCGGCCGCCCCGUCUGGGAGGAAGUGAGGAGCGCCUCUGCCUGGCUGCCCCGUCUGGGAGAUGAGGAGCGCCUCUGCCCGGCCGCCCCGUCUGGGAGGUGACGAGCGCCUCUGCCUGGCUGCCACCCCGUCUGGGAGGAAGUGAGGAGCGCCUCUGCCCGGCUGCCUCAUCUGGGAAGUGAGGAGCACCUCUGCCCGGCCGCCACCCCGUAUGGGAAAUGAGGAGCGCCUCUGCCCGGCCGCCCCGUAUGGGAAGUGAGGAGCGCCUCUGCCCGGCCACCCCGUCUGGGAGGUGAGGAGUGCCUCUGCCCAGCUGCCACCCCGUCUGGGAGGAAGUGAGGAGCACCUCUGCCCGGCUGCCCCGUCUGGGAGAUGAGGAGCACCUCUGCCCGGCCGCCCCGUCUGGGAGGUGAGGAGCGCCUCUGCCUGGCCGUCACCCCGUCUGGGAGGAAGUGAGGAGCGCCUCUGCCCGGCUGCCCCAUCUGGGAAGUGAGGAGCGCCUCUGCCCGGCCGCCGCCCCAUAUGGGAAGUGAGGAGCGCCUCUGCCUGGCCACCCCGUCUGGGAGGUGAGGAGCGCCUCUGCCCGGCUGCCCCGUCUGGGAGGUGAGGAGUGCCUCUGCCCCGCCGCCACCCCGUCUGGGAGGAAGUGAGGAGCACCUCUGCCCAGCUGCCCCGUCGGGGAGAUGAGGAGCACUCUGCCCGGCCGCCCCGUCUGGGAGGUGAGGAGCGCCUCUGCCCGGCCACCCCAUCUGGGAGGUGAGGAGCGCCUCUGCCCGGCCACCCCAUCUGGAAAGUGAGGAGCGCCUCUGCCCGGCCACCCCGUCUGGGAGGUGAGGAGCGCCUCUGCCCGGCCGCCCAGUCUGGGAAGUGAGGAGCGCCUCUGCCCGGCCGCCACCCCGUAUGGGAUGUGAGGAGUGCCUCUGCCUGGCCACCCUGUCUGGGAGGUGAGGAGCACCUCUGCCCAGCCGCCCAGUCUGGGAAGUGAGGAGCGCCUCUGCCCAGCCGCCACCCCGUAUGGGAAGUGAGGAGCGCCUCUGCCCGGCCGCCCACUCUGGGAAGUGAGGAGCGCCUCUGCCCAGCCGCCCCGUCUAGGAGGUGAGGAGCGCCUCUGCCUGGCUGCCACCCCGUCUGGGAGGAAGUGAGGAGCGCCUCUGCCCGGCCGCCCCAUCUGGGAGGAAUAGAUGGACGUGGCCUGGCAGAUGAUGCAGCUGCUGCUUCUGGCUUUGGUGACUGCUGCGGAGAGUGCCCAGCCCAGGAGUGUGCGGGCCAGGACGGACCUGCUCAACGUCUGCAUGAAUGCCAAGCACCACAAGGCACAGCCCAGCCCCGAGGACAAGCUGUAUGGCCAAUGCAGUCCCUGGAAGAAGAAUGCCUGCUGCACGGCCAACACCAGCCAGGAGCUGCACAAGGACACCUCCCACCUGUACAACUUUAACUGGGAUCACUGUGGUAAGAUGGAACCCGCCUGCAAGCGCCACUUUAUCCAGGACAGCUGUCUCUAUGAGUGCUCACCCAACCUGGGGCCCUGGAUCCGGCAGGUCAACCAGAGCUGGCGCAAAGAGCGCAUCCUGAAUGUGCCCCUGUGCAAAGAGGACUGUGAGCACUGGUGGGAGGACUGUCGCACGUCCUACACUUGCAAAAGCAACUGGCACAAAGGCUGGAAUUGGACCUUGGGGAUUAAUGAGUGUCCGGCUGGGGCCCUCUGCCGCACCUUUGAGUCCUACUUCCCCACUCCAGCCGCCCUUUGUGAAGGUCUCUGGAGCCACUCCUUCAAGGUCAGCAACUAUAGUCGAGGGAGCGGCCGCUGCAUCCAGAUGUGGUUUGACUCAGCCCAGGGCAACCCCAAUGAGGAGGUGGCCAAGUUCUAUGCUGCGGCCAUGAAUGCUGGGGCCCUGCUCAUGGGAUUAUUGGUUCCUGAUCCAAGAAGGGUCCUCUGGGGUUCUUCCGACAACGUAUUCUAAUAGACAAAUCCACACGUG